AUGUUCAUCACAGCUUCUCCUGUUCACCCCGUCAUUAAAAACAAAGAAAAGGAAAUAUUUCACAACUCUUCCAUAAAAUGGAAUUCUCCCGAUGCCAAGGGGUGCCCAGUGAGUAUGUUUUCAGUGUACUACAAAGCUAUCAAAUCACGAAAUGAAGAAAGCGCUUGGCAUCGUAUCAAUACAUCGUCGGAUACAAAUGAGCUGAGCUGCAGUAGUCUACCACUUGAAUGUGGCACAGAUUAUGAAUUCAAAGUGUCUGCAUGGAAUGACGUGGGAGCAAGUAACUUCUCAGAGUCCUGGCGAGUGAAAUCCAUCACAGGUAUCGCAGUAGUAUUUCUCUAUCUACAUUUUUCCUAAAAUAAUUUAGAAAUUGUUGGCAAAGUUGGAAAUCCUUCUGUGAUAGAGGGCCAGACUACUAACAUCUUGACUUCGCGGUCGGGACUUUGAGCGCGAUGCUCGACAAGUUCGCACGAAAUUUGCGAAAAGUAUUUGACGAGUCUCUUAGCCAGGAAGAAACACCGCGUCAUACCAACCACGUUUUUUCCACAAUUAUUUGACACUUAUUGCAUUGUAUAAAUUAAAAAACAAAAGAAAAGCAAAACAGAAGGCAAUUACACAAGCAUGGCCUCGCACAAGUGGAAAGCACGAGUGAUCGUGAAAAACUUUCUAGGAGUCGAUUAUCAGCUGAAACUAUAACUCCACUGUUGGUUAUCAGAUUCCACGAGCCUCAAUACAUAAGGGGAUGGUAUGGAGAACUCUGCGUUCUACCUAUUUAUUCUCUUCCUUAAGAUUACUUCUCAUGAUCAUCAUUACGUUUCCUGACCCAUCCCUUGUAACUCACAACUGGAGAUUUACCUGCUCCCUUUCUUUGCUUGUUUUAUUUUUGUUUUGUUUGUUUGUUUGUUUUCCUAUAUUCCUUUCAAUGUUGUUUUCCUAAGGGUACCCAGCCAUUGUCAACAGAACUAACCAAGUGAAAGGAAGUGUUGUAGUUGUCCGUUGGAAGCCGUGUACUGCUUCUUUAUUCACUAUAUAUCACAGAGAAAUGCUUUCAGAGGGCAAAAGUCAUUGGAAAGCAGUAAACGUGUCGAGGAAUGAAACAAGUUAUGAUCUUCAUCUUGGAUGCCAAAACGAGCAUGAAAUAGCUGUAACAGCCUGGAACUCUUCAGCAGAGACUCCACUUACAGCAAUUUUAAAGCACGGCCGAUUUUGGAGAGUGAGAACGUUUGGAGGUGAGAACACUGAAUAAUUUUCAGUAAAAAAUUUCGCAAAAAUGAAAAGGUUUUCAAUGAAAUAUCAAAUCAACUAGUAUUUCAACAGUUCAUUGGCUUCGUUUGAUUUCCUAGCUUUGUCUUCGAAGGCUGCAUGUAAUGGGAUACACGUUAUUUAGAUGUUAACUGUACACAACAAGAGUAGACAGUUUUGCUUCUUAACACGUUGUACAUGGUUUGGCGAAGCAUUUGGAAUUCGAGACCGCAAGAAACGUUUAGGCGGUUCCCUUAACUAAAGAGAACUUAUCUUUCAGUCUUAACACAACGGUCAUUCGUAAGGCCGAACGCCGACUUGUGAUUGCUAUUCAGUUCAUACAUGAUUCUUUUGAGUACGCGUUGAUAACCUAACAUACAUACAUACAUACAUAACCUUUAUUUAAGUGUCUAAUCGUUCUAGUGCCUAUUGGCACUAAUUGGGGACACCUUUAAGACUAAAAAAAAUCUAAUUAAAAACUAUGAAUCUUAAAAGCAGGAAAAUAACAUUAUUCAGACUGAGUACUCUUCUACACUUUAAAACUAAGUUACAAUUUUACUCUAUAACACUUUGUAGCAGGGUGCUGAAUUCACAAUGUAAUAUAUGAGCCCGUACACUAAAAAUGAAGAUGUAUAAAUAUGCGUACGUCAAGUUAACCUAAGCAUAAGCGACAUUCACUCCCACAUCCUUCGAGAAAUUAUGUUACAUCCUUCUUACGUAUAGUUGUCCUAAAAGUUACCAAAGUUCCAAUAUUUCUCUCUUCCUUGCUUAAUUUUGACCACAAUUGUGGUCCAAGAAAUCUAAGAGAAUGUUUCCAUAAGUAACACUUUUAAACCGAAGUAAGACAAAAUCUGCAUUUCUUAGGUUGUAUCCCUUAUUAUUAGUAUUCUCAUCGUUGAUAUUAAAAAUGUUCGCAAUUUCGUUCGUUGUUAAUUUGUUUUUAACUUUAAACAUCAAAAUUAGUAUAUCCUGCAACCUCCUAUUUUGCAAAGUAGUUAAUUUAGCUCUUUUUAGUAAGGCGUCAUAACUCUCGGCAGUAGUAUUAUACACUAAUCUUAAGGCUCUUUCUUGUAGACGCUCCAAUUUACGAUUAUCAGAUGCCGUGCAAAAAUGCCACACUAGGUGGCAAUAAGUAAGGUGUGGCAUGAUAGCUGAUUUGUACAAAAGUAACUUGGCAUUUACUGGGAUAAGAUUUUUAAGCCUUCUUAAAACUCCGAUCAUACCGGCAACUUUCUUACACACACUACGUAAAUGAUCUUUAAAGUUUAGGUUUUCGUCUAGGGUUACACCUAGGAUCUUGAUGGAUUGUGACUGUUCAACUUUUUCGCCACUUAUAUCCAGAUCAGCGUUCCUUUCACCUUUUGGAUUUCCCAAAACCAUAGCUUGGUAUUUAUCGCAAUUGACCUUUAAAAGAUUAUCUUGAUACCAUUUAGUCAUCUUCUCUCCAUUGUCAAACCAGUAUCUUCUCCACUCUUUUCAUUGUUUCAUGUGCUAGAAAGACCUGAUUGUCAUCCGCAUACAUCGAGACAUUGGAAUCUGAUAUUAUGUCAGGCAAAACCUUUAAUUGUCGUUAUUGCUUCAGAUAAACCGUUUCCUCCGAUUAUAAAAAGUAAAGAAGUUCAGAUGUCUGGAUGUGAUGUGAACCUCAAGUGGAGUUCUCCACAAGACAACGGCUGUCCGCUGACCAUGUAUACAGUAUAUUAUAGAGAGGUGCAAUCUUUGGGUGAAGAUGAGUACUGGCAUCACAUUAAUGUUACCAUGGACUCUACUUCAACGAGUCUCACGUCGCUCAAGUGUAACUCUGAGUACACUUUUAAAGUGACUGCUUGGAAUGAACUGGGAGAAAGUAAUACCUCAAAAGAAUGGCGUAUAAAAACUGCUCAGAUCACUGACAUUUCUCGCGGACGAACCCUCAGCAUUGCUGUAUUUGUAGGAUGUGGGCUAUUUAUUCUCUUAACCAUUGGAAUCCUUUGCUUCAUGAUCAGACAAAGGAGAAAAAAGAGGAAAAUUCGAGGCCACAAAACAAGAAGGUUGGAAAACGUUUUAUUCUAGAAAUGUGUUAGCUAACCCAAUCCCAAACUGUAAAAUGUUGUUAAUUAUCAUUUUCCAGAGAACUUCUGCCUCCGUGAGUGAAUAUCGUUCCCUCGUAUCAUCUUAUUUAAGGAAUUCGUAGAGGCUAAAUGCGAUCGAAAUCGUUUACAUACGUUUAUUAACAUGUAUUUGAUAAUACCUCCCCCCUCCCCUAACAAACUGUAUAUCCAUUAAUGUUUCGCAUACGAGUAUGUGUGAAAUCUUGAUGAACAAAAGAGAAAAGACUCUUCAAUGUUUUAUUAGAUCGAUGUCGGACAUUGUUCUCCUGCUGUUAAAAGAGAUUCCCCCGGAACGUGUAACCAUUAUGGAAGAGCUGGGUCGAGGCGCCUUUGGUAAAGUACACAAAGCAAUCUUAAGAGAAAUGCCGAAGGUUGAAGUGUUUUUCAAGCCCAAAGAAGAAAGAGAGGAUCAUAUUAAAGAAGGAAGAGUUGUCGCCGUAAAACUCUUACAUGGUAAGGAAUCAUUGCAUGAUAUAUUCGUUAUUUCGGUUAUGCGAGCCUUUUGAAGAAUUCGAAAUCACGAUGAAAAGGUUAGUGACUCAGAACUUCACAGUUAUAGGAUCUAUUUUAUUCAAUCCUUUUAUUGGGGCACGAAAACUGGAAGAUGAUAAAAUUACCGAACGUUAUUCUGUCAAACACGUCGAGUACCGACCGUAAUCACUGAUGAAAUAUACUUUCACACGGCUAAUCACGAGAAACCAGUCUCUAAAAGUAUGACAGCUUUCUUCAGAGGUUUUCGACGCCUGUGAUCGUCGUGACCGUUCAGACCAAAUUACACAGAAUGAUCCGUCCGUCAGUGACUUAAAUUCUACUACCCUGCCGGUCAUUCGAAAAGGAAAUAUCUUGUCAAAAUCGUUGUAGGAGGUUCUACGAAAAUUGAGACGAGUGUGUGAAUCGCCAGUUGUUGUGAAAUAAUUUACAACGGUAACUCUACCGUCACUGUCAUAUCAUUCUGAUCAACGUAAUGAAAUAUUUGUGAACAUGCAUUACUCCAUCGUCAUUCAGCGAAUAUAAGCUUUAUUUAGUUAAAUCGAGGACUAAGAUUUGCUGUGUUAUCAUAUUUUGCUUUCAGAAAGAGCCGGUGAGGAAGGGCAAGAACAGUUUGUUAGAGAAAUCUCGUUUAUGCAGCGAGUUGGUACUCACAGCAAUGUGCUAAGCAUGAUUGGUUACUGGGACAGAUCAGAGCCAAUCAUGCUAAUCCUGGAAUAUGUUCCACAUGGAGAUCUUCUGCAGUGGCUGAGGAACAAAAGGCAACAGGUAAAAAAUUUUUGGCACCGUCAAAACCAGGGUGCACUGGAAAGAUCACUGAUCCAUCGCUAAGCACAAUUACCGUCCGAAAAAAGUCGGAAAGUUGAUCUAAAUGAUAACUCUUCUUGAGAUACCAAGUACAAACACUACUUGGGUUGUGAGCGGAUGCUGAUGAUACAUUUUACUGUUUUUGUCCGUUAACAGAGUUUCCAAAACGCUUUUACAAUUCGGUGCCUUGGAAUUUAGAUGGGUCUAACAAUUCAAAAUUGUUUGACAUAUUUUUUAACUGUUUUGUUCUCGAUAAGUGGAAUUGUUCCAACGUCAUCUUUCAUUAAUUUCAGGUAAAAUGUAAAAACGGCAUUGAUGGUGUUGUUUUUGAAUCUGUGGACGAUUUAUCAGACAGUAGUGCGAGUUCAAAUGGAGCUGCCUCAACUGGUAAGUCAGAGGACGAAGGCUUUCACGAUAGUGGAGAGAAACUCACGACUGUGCAGGAAUUCAAGGAAGUCUCCGAAAAACAAGACGUCCGCGUCACGUCGGAGGUUCUAAUGACUCUGGUAGAACAGCCAUUUACAGACGAUAAAAGGAAUGACACUGAAGUACUUGGCAUCAAAACUCCCCAAACUGAUUUUCCAUCUGGCCUCGAAGGAGAGAAAAACUCACAGAGCCAACAGUCCAAUGAAUUGAGUCACGUGGAUGUGACUUUGCCCACUGUAAGUGCAAACACUGCAUUGCCCUUUGUAAGUGCAAACACUGGUUUGGAAGAUUUUAACGCUGAUUUUCGGCCUAGUAGUGGAAGCGGAGACGAUUUGAACAUCAAGAAGGUAGAGGAUGAAAACGGAAAUGAAGAUAAAGGGAGAGAGGGAGUGAAAUCAUCGAUUGAUGAAGAGGGAACUAUCGGCAUUUCAUUUGAAAGUGCCCGUUCCUUGCCGCAGCCCCAGGAGAACAUGGAGCGACAACAAGAAACAAGUGAAGCUGGUGAGAAGGCAGUUGACUUCACUGUUCAAGAUGUACUUUGUUUUGCAUGGCAGAUAGCAAGAGGAAUGGUAGGUAAUUGAACUAAGUGAAAUAAAUGUUACGAUCAGACACUUUUCAGGAGUGUAGGAAUGACUGUGCUUCCCUAUUAUCCCAGCUUCGAGGAAAAAUUCUUUGAUAUAAACCGGGGCAAAAUUAAUGAAAUAGGGUAAGAAAUUUGGAUAAACGUUUGAUUCUUGAUACACAAACAAUUCUAUUCUAAACACUGGAAAUAACGUUAAAACCAGCAGCUCUCUUAUCGCAAAAUCAUCAAAAAAUUAAUUAACCAUGCCGUCGUAGCAAUCUAUUUACUUUGUUCAGCAACUUUAACCUGAUACAACCGGUUUUAUUCAGACAGCAAGAACUGAGCUACCAUAAGUUUACUGAUGUUCUCCUUUUCCGCAAUGGGAAACCAUAAAAGAAAAGAAAGGAUAGACGGCACGUGGUUUGUAAAUACUUUAUGUUUUCGGUUUCUUUUUUGAGUAGGAGUACUUAGCUAGUAAGGGAUUUGUUCACCGCGACCUGGCCGCACGUAACAUCCUUAUUGGUGAAGACAGAGCCGUAAAGAUUGCUGACUUUGGCCUGUUACGUCACACGUAUGGAGAUAUUUAUGAAGUAAAGAACACGAGGAAACUUCCAAUCAAAUGGAUGGCGCCUGAGUCACUAGACAGUGGCGUGUACACUUCUAAAAGUGACGUGUGAGUAUUUGAAGUUUAUAUAGCACUUAUAGGGGGAGGGGGGGGGGUCUCUUGACGUACAUCUUUCACGUUUUAUUCUGAGUUAAAUGUAUGUAAAUGUAAGCAGUAAUUUGCUCUCACAUGUGAAUGCAUGUUCCUUACCAGAGCAUCUUUCUCAUCGGACUUAUCAACCACAGGAAGUCAAAUUCAGGAACAUGAUAGUCUGCAUAUUCUGUUCAAGCACCCUACUAGACUAUUAAUUGACAGUAUACUUCAGUAUUAUCAACUGAGUUGAUAACGUAAAUUUACCACCGUAAAUAAUUGAAAAGCUGACGUUUGGAGUGUUAACCAUUCGACUAUCCCUCUUGACGAAGGGCUAACGCUCUCAACGUCAGCUUUUGAACUCUAAACGGUGGUCAAUUUACGUUAUCAACUCAGUAGAUAAUAAUUUAUUAUCCCGUUAUACUCUCCGGCCGACGCAGCAUUAUAGUCUUUUUAGAAACUUACCCCCUGUAUUAACUUGACGGUAUUUGUCAUCAGGCUUAGAAAAUAACAUAAACUAAUUAUUUUCGUCUCUUUUUUCGGUAGUUGGUCUUUUGGUGUACUUCUUUGGGAAUUAUGCACAAUGGGUGAGUAACAACACCUGAUGCAUCACAGAAAAAGUAUCCAACCUCUUUUGCCUCACCUAUAACGCUUGUUUUUCAGUUAUAGGUUCGUUUCAGCUGCCUAACUGAAUUUUCCUAUUUGUGCUGAACUAUUUUCACUACUACUCAAGUAAUGUUCAUUACUGCAAAGAUUGUUUUCAUAUUCACGUCUUUAUCCGCAAGUUCAAAUAUAUGACUUUCACAUAUUCUCAGUCGUUUAUGCUGGACUGUGUUACAAAUAAAUGUGAGAGAGAGGGGAGGGAAGGCAAAAACAAUGAUUCAAUCAACAACCUCCGAACCCGAGAGGCGUUGGAUUGUGAAAAAAGAGAAAUGGAAAAAAAGCUAGAAGCGACCUGGCCGCUGAGAAAUAUGUCACUCGAUAUUUUACAUCUGUAUUUUCUCAAACCUUUUAUUAACGAGGGGUCUAAGACUUAUCGAAGUUGUUAUAAAAAAAAUUUUGCUAAGAACUUUUUUUCCUUCUUCUGAUUUAACUUGCAUCCAAGGUGGCAUCCCCUACCCUGGAAUAAGCAACAGAGAGUUGUUAAGACUUCUUAAGUCAGGAUAUCGAUUGGAAAAACCAGCCAUUUGCUCUGAUGAGCUGUAAGUUUAACAAAUAAUCUUCAAUUGUUCCAUGCAAUUAACGUUAAUUCAACACCAACUAAAUCUUUUCGACUGAAGUUUUGCUUUUUGUCUAUUUGACUGAGCGAAUCUCUUUUGAAGUUAUAGGUAAGGUCUGGCUGAGAUAUGUAGUUUAUCAUCAAUGAUAACAGUAAUCUAGAUAAUUCCACUUAGAUGAAUAAUUUCAAAAAAAGGCUGACAAUUGCGACAGAGGAAUUGAGAUCAAUGCUAGAAAAUAUAAUGUACCAGUAUGAGAAACUCUACAUGGAAACAAGGGCCUCACGAAAACAUUGAUUUCAGGGAUAGUUAUUUCAGUGAAACACAUUGUAUACUUAUCAAGAAAGCUAACCAUAAAAGAAAAGAAAAAGUACCAAGUCUUUUUUUCAAGAACAUUUUGCCAUUGUAACAUCAAGAUGGCCAAAAUAUUCAACAAGAUGUGGUUUUCAAUGAAAUUAUUAAGCGUAUUUGGUGAAGACGCCUUUAAAUUGUAAUUUGUUUUAAAGCUCGAGGUGAACUUUAUCAUGUCUGCAUUCUCCUUCCUGUGCUUGGUCGUCAGUGUCUGGACCAACAGUAAACACUGAAAACCAUAGCUUCCACAUAGCGCCAAUGUCUCCAUUGACACCAGAAUACUUUAUAUCUUAUCAGAUACGAGUUGAUGUUAGACUGUUGGAGGGUAGAUUCAGAGGAGAGACCAUCAUUUGAACAGCUGAUGACAAGAAUAGAAGAAAUGAUGACGAGGGACACUCCUUACUUUGAUCUAAAUGAAGAUCAUGAAAGCGAUGCCUCCAACACUGAG